GAAAACAAGAUAAAACUUGUUGCGAAAGUCAUUGAGACAGCCAUGAAACCUAUCACAAAUGCCAUCGCUGCCACUGCUUCAGGGGUCAAAGAUGCAGCUAACUACCUCAAAAAAGCGGCAGAUGAUUGCAAAAACAUGUUCAACAGCGCCUAUAACUCCUGCACUAAUUUCUUCAGUAAAGCCUACAAGAAGUGCAAAUCUGCAAUAGACAAGAUUCCUGUGGUUGGCAGUCUCAGAAGGAAGAGGAAUAGUGAAGGUAAAAUUGUAUUCAUUCAAGAUGUCUUUAUUCAAUGGAAUGAAAUGGAAGAUGAGAAACACAGACAGCUCUGGGAAACUCAAGCAGAGGAAAUUCUGGAGGAGACUUUGAAUGAAUACUUAACCCUAUAUCCAAAUCAAAAACUACCAGUACAACCUCGUUUGAAAGAAAAAUACUUAAAUAUGACAGUUCGUAGAUUUCGGCGCGGGGCUGUCUCAGCUAUAUGUGAGGUGGUCAAUGUGGGCGGAGCGUUUUGUGCCCCUCUGAAGCUGACCAGCGGGAUAUGUACUCCUCUGGAAACUAUCUCAGAUGCCCUGGACUUCAUAGGAUCAGGCCUCAACGCACUGUAUGAAACCAUCAAGAAUGCCUUCUACUUCAACAUCAUCAAGAAAUGGUAUCUGAUAGGUCUGAAUGAUGUCAGCAAAACUGCAGCAGCAAUGGUGGCAGAAAUCGCCUCCUACUUCUCUUUUCACAGCUAUAUCAUUUACACCAGUCUCUCCUUCCUCACUAAAUGGACUUCCCUUCUCCUCAUUCUGAUGCUUUUACAAAGCGCCCUCUACCUCCAACACUAUCUCUCUCAAAUAGACUUUGACAACAACUACAUCUCUCUAAACUUCAGACGUUUCGAUCGGGACUGCAGACGACUUGGUAAAGCAUCAGCUCUACCCCUCCAAAAAAACGAAACCUCUCAGUAUAUCUCUACAGCCACCAUUGCUUUAAAUGGAACAGAAAUCAAAAAGAGCAUCCUGAGUAUACUUCAGCUGUUACUGAACAUCAUAUUCUAUGCUGUUGUAGUGUUCUUUGACUAUGUAUUUUACUACGUUGUUUAUUUGGUCCACACAUAUGGAAAUGUUUACAUUGAUUUCUCUGGUUCAAUCAACAUUUACUUUGCUAUAACAGGAAACGGAUGGAUCGCAAAUCUUCUCCAAGGCUUAAUCUCAGGAAUCAACAUCAAGGAUAACUACUACACUCAGUACAAUGUGACCAAAUGUCUACCUAACCCGUCCUAUCCAGACACCAACAACUUCUACCUUCUACUGGCGCUCAAUGGCGGUGUACUUGCAACAAUACUGCUGCAGAGUUACUGUUAUCGACUUAAGCGAGCUCUGUGUGGACUCUUUUACAAAACACGCGAGGAGGAGAGAAUUCGAUACCUUCACAACAAAAUACUGCACCACAGGAAAUUCAAACUUCAACAAAUGAAGUUUCGACUCAAGAAUUCCAAACAAGAGCGUGAUGCCCAUCAGACACUGGCCAAGAUGCCUCUGAUUGGGAAAAUAUUCCAUGACAAAAGUCACAAGCGCUCCUGUUUACACUGUGGAGUUUUGGAUGAAGAUGCUCCACAUUUUUACACUUGUUCAAGAACCAGCUGCUAUACUGACUACUGUGAAAACUGCUUCAAUGAAAUGGGAAAACAAUGUCUGUUGUGCUCAAAGAAAGAUCACUGGCCAAACGAAGGGGAAUUGUGGGAAGAUAUUUCACUUGACUUACCAUUUUCCUCAUCUUUUGAAAGCAAACAUGAAUCUGAAGCAAGGAUAGACACGUCUGACAAACUACCUCUGUUGCAUGGUACUGAAGGAAAUGCCCUCACCUUUCAGGGACUAAACAACCUCGCUUUUUCUGGCGAACCACAACCUUCUAACCCAGGUUCCUCCUUGGGGCUAGACAGUAAAUUAAAGGGCCACACUCCCCCUACACUUACAGGGAAAACCAGCUCUACCUUGGCUGCAGUCCUCCAUCCUGAGAGUCUCUCAACAUUUUCUGAGUCAGCGUCUUCUGAUCAGGAGAAAACCACACACAAAACACACAUCAAUGAUGAUACAGGGUCAAGGUUAACUCAUGAAGGUCAAACGGAGGUGCCUUUGCAUGAAACAAAUAGAAGUUUAAAAUCUAAUGAGGAGUCUCCUCAAAAAAUGAACAUAGCUUCAAAGUCACACCAAGAUAGUCACCAUAUGGCAACCACUGAAAAGAAAACAAGUUCAAGGUCAAUUCAAGAAGGUCAAGGCAAAAAGAAAGAGUCUCCUAUUGAAAUGGACACAAGGUCACAGAUGCCUCAACAGGGUUCCAUAGCAACUAACAAGUCCACAAAAUUUUGAUGACAAUAAGUUAUCAAUCAAAAUUAUAAAGAGGUAUCACUACAGAUGAGAACAUUUAAAAGAAAGCAUCCAACUGGUUAUUCAGUAUUACAAUGUACGAGCAUGAUGCUUAUUAAUGAUAUAUCUCUUAUCAAUUUUUUUCUUUAGAAAAUUUAUAAAAAUAUUAUUUCUUUAACUUUUAUCCAUUGAUAUUUA